AUGGGUAGUGACAAUAAAAGUACGCCAAACGAGGUGGAAGCCAUAACCGUCAGCAAAGAAUUGGCGGGCGGCGACAUCUUGGUUGUGACGGAGCAGGCUACAAACAAAGAGGAGGCAGGUAGCAACAAUUCUAAAACUAGUGAACUAGAAGAAGAAGAAGCACAAACGACAGCAGAUUUGGAGGGAGGAGAAAGUGAGAAAGCUAGCGAGGGAGAGGGCAAGGCCAAGAAAAAGCGGGGAAGACCGCCGGGAAGCACAAAUAAAGGUAAAUUAAAAGAGGGGGAGCAGCAGAUUUUAAACUUCCUCGUGAGCAAGGAAAUGGAAAAGAAGGAAAAUAGGAGUAAAGAGGAGGCAGGUAAAUUUAGACGAAUCACAAGAAGCAGCAGCGCCCCAAAAUUAAAUGAGAUGACAAUCCACAGUGAAGGCAGACAAACAGCUGUGGAAAUGAGCGCUUUUUUUACAAGAAGCAGAAUAAGUAGGUCACCAAUAAAAAUCAACUCUGACCAAAGAGAUGAUAAAGAUGCAGAAAUACAAAUUGGAGCACAGGAGGUGACAAGCGUCAUAGAGGGGAAAGAGAACAAGGAGGAAAAUGGAGCAGAAAGAGCAGAGGAAGCAAGAGACACUCGGAGUAAGGUAGCGGAGAAAGGUACACAGACACAGGUUGAGCAGGAGCUAGGGACGAAAGUCGGCUCCUCAGAAACAGAGGACAAGGGAUGCGAUUGCAAGUGCUGCAAUGAAAACCAAAAAAGAAUGGAAAAGUUGGAAAAAAACCUCAUAUCCCAGCUGGAGAUUUUGAGGCUAGAACUAGUGAAAGCGAUAGUCAAGUCGGGAGUAAGCGACUCAGAAAAAAAGACAGAAACUGAAGAGAUGCUCAGUGAAAUAAGUGACAACCCGAGUCAGUGGAGUGAAGCGGACGUUGAGUCACAAGAAGAAGAGGUGAGGGUAAAAGAAAGAAAAAAAAUGAAAAAAAAGAGAAGCAAGCAGGGAAGAUCAGGCGACCAAGAGAGGUUUAGACUGAAUGCGACACCGGAGGGAGGCACAGGGGCGGAAAAAAAUACUAGAGAAAUCGGAGCAGUGAGUAGCAGGGAAAACAGGAAAGUGACGGGCAAAGAAGCCCGGGGGAGUGGGGGACUAGCAAUACAAACAGCUGACAGCACCCGCAAGGAUGCCAGCAAAAAGAGGGGGGAGAAAUCAAGCAGCGAACGGGAUAACACAAGCUCAGAUGGGUCUUUUAAAAAAAGGGGAAGCAGGAAACAGUAUGGAACACACGCGGCAAAGGAGACCAUCAACAAGCCAGGUCCAAUGGCAGCUGAGGAGUGGUCGGAGGAAUUUAAGGAGAGAAGCAGGAGGAGAAACACGAUAUAUAUGUGGGGAGAUACGGACCUAGGAGACAAAACAAACGCAGAGCUGGAAGGAAUAAUUAAAUUAAACCUUGGAGAGGAGGUGAGAAUUGAAAAAAGUAUUAAAAUGGAGAUGGGGUACGUAAUCCAUCUGGAUUCAAUGAAAACGAAGCUGAGAAUCAUGGCAAAAAAAUCCGGGCUCAGAGGAAAGGGACUCUGGGUCGACGAUGACCUCACAGAGAGGCAGGCUGUGGUGUUACAGUGGCUGGAAGCAGAGGUCACUAGGCUGCGGAGGGACGGACAAAAAGCCAGAAGGAAUUAUAUGAAGGUGGAGUUAAACAAUGAAUGGUGGGUCUGGGAUGAAAUAAGGGGUGACAUGAGGAGGAUAACUGAGUUGCAAAGAGUGCAGGACCCCAGUAAAAAUGCGCAAGACCAGUGGAGAGGGGGAAACUUUCGAUUCGAGAGGGACAGAAGGAAAGAGGGAGAUCAAAAGAAGUAA